AUGCUCGGUGGCGUCCUCUUCCUCCUGCUCCUCCUCCCAGGGGGGGCGUCCGCUGAUGAGCAGAACUGCAGUUAUCAGGAUGUCUUAGACCACUUGAACCUCACCCAAAGGUCCAAAAUGUUCUACAUGAACCGACCUGUUAAAAACUACAAGACGCCCACAAAGGUCUACUUGGAUUUGCUGCUCUAUGCCAUUCUAGAAGUGCAAGAGAAGGACCAGAAAUUCGUCCCUUACGUUUGGAUCACAAUGUGGUGGAAAAAUGAUUUCAUCAGUUGGGAUCCUGAAGAGUUUUGUGGAAUGGAAUUUGUGUCCAUUCCUAAUGAAUUAAUUUGGAAGCCAGAUAUCACGAUUGUGGAGAUGACAGAGAGGGACUCGGCCCCUCCUAGUCCUUAUGUCAGCCUUACAUUUCGGGGUAACGUGGAGAUUGUGAAUGAUCUGGUCCUGACCAGCACCUGCAGGAUGCAGAUUUACAAGUUCCCCUUCGACACUCAGAGCUGCAACCUCACCUUCAAGUCAUUCAUUCACUCUGACGAGGAAAUCGAACUGGUCCGUUACCUCAACUCCGAAGAGAUCACUGAGGACUCUCGAGAAGUGAUGCGGAUCCAGUCUGAGUGGCUGUUCAUCAACAUCACAGUCUCCAGCAUAACAGAGAAACCUUAUAAGCACAACUACACCUCGGUCAUUUACACAAUCAACAUGAAGAGGAGGUCGGCUCUCUACAUCGUCAACUUCAUCCUGCCCAUCCUGUUCUUACUCUGUCUGGACUUGUCCUCCUUCAUGAUCUCGGACAGCGGCGGCGAGAAGCUGGGCUUCAAGAUCACCGUGCUGCUCGCCAUCACCGUCAUGCAGCUUAUUCUGAAUGACAUUCUUCCGUCAUCGUCAAACAGGAUUCCACUGAUCGCGGUUUACUGCAUCGGGGUUUUUUCUCUGAUGAUGCUCAGCCUCAUGGAGACGGUUCUAGUGAUGUAUCUGAUCCAGAAAGACUCGGCGCCACGAGACGGUGACGAGACGGAAGAGGAAGGCCGAAGCCUGAGAGAAGACAAACGAGAUUCAAAUAAACAGUUUUACUCCAAGUCCAAGUUCAAGUUCGGUCUCCAAGUUCGGUCUCCUGGUAAAAGGGCUUCAGAACCUAAUGUUUUCCAAGAGUUUCAGAAUAGCAGCAGCCGACUAAUGGAGGAGAGUCACGUCUCAGAAAGGCUGUUAUACGAGAUAAAAGCUUUGACUCUGUUCCUGAAGAGCAGAGAAGAAGAACCGAAACCUGGAUACUGGACCCGAGUGGCUCAAAGAAUCAACAAGGCUUUCUGCGUUUUCUACUUCAGCUGUGCUGUACUGUUUUUAAUCUAUAUGUUCAUUAAUUGGAACUAUGACCUCUCGAAAGAGGCCACAGAGGAAUCCAAGGAGUUGAUGCGGACGCAGUACGAGUGGCUGUUCAACGACAUAAAGGUCUGCAGUGAGACCAUCAACUCGUUUGACGUCAUCAUUUACACUAUCAACAUGAAGAGGAGGUCCAUCCUCUACAUCGUCAACUUCCUUCUGCCCGUCCUCUUCUUCCUGUUUCUGGACUUGGCCUCCUUCCUGAUCUCAGACAACGGCGGCGAGAAGCUGAGCUUCAAGGUCACCGUGCUGCUCGCAAAUAAAUGA